AUGGACAAGUACCAAAAGAGUUCAUAUAUGGAGACGAGUGUCUCGCUGGCAUUUACGAUUGUGUCCGUCAAUAAUGGGAAAGCUACGCUGUCAAAGGGCCAGCCAACGUCGCAGCAGGUUGCCAAACACCUCGACCCGGGCCGCCGAGCAUUUGAUAGCCAGCCGUUACUAGGUCAAUCCAUAGUAAAGGAAAUCCCUAAAGGUGGAAUCACCCAAUCUCCGAUAAAACAGAAAUUCCGGUACUUCAUGGAGUUUGCCCUGAGAGCUGGGCUAUCGGCUCUGUACGAGUACAGGUACUCCAUGUACACGGAGUAUCCCGGUUCCGCAAGCAUGAAUCCCAUCAGUGCAUGGUUGGACGAGGCGGAGGGAGUCACAAAGGCCUAUACUGCAGUGGUGACUCUGGAUAUGUCUUGCAAGCGGCUUCCAAAUCUCACGCCGGGAGACCGUGUACACGUUCAUCUGGGAGAUUCGCUUCUAGAUCGUCGACCAACUUGGAGCGGAGUGAUAAUGCCAGCUGGACGUACUACUAAUUUUGGCCAAGUCACCAUCGCAAUCCGGCCAGAGAAUCCCGAAAACCCUCGCAUUACGGAUGUCAGUUUUCGCACUCGAGUCAUCGUCAUGGCAGAAACGGACAACAAGGACAUCAAUCGACAGUUCAUAGCACUUCGCCAUUUUCACAUCUCACCAGCGGAACUCAAGUCUCCUAGCGCCAGGGUAAACCUCCUCGCGCAACAUCAACUGUUUUUUCAGUGCGAUGGACAUGAGCGGCUCUCAUCUUCUAAUUUGUACGCGGCUCUAAGAGAUCCUAACUCAAGCCGAUUGUGCAGUUACGUCCAGAAGAUACUUCUGCCCCACCAGCGCAAGGCGUUCAAGUUCUGGUGCACCGGCGGGCUGCGAGCGAACACUGCAGUCGUCGCAGGUCCGUCCGGCACUGGCAAAACCACUUUGGUGAUCCACGCCAUGAAACCUUUUCUGGGAAAGGUGAAGAAGCUGAUCAGGGCAUCUGAGAAACCAGGUGUGGAGGAAUCUUCACGAGUGGAAGAGGAGGUUGAGCGUGGCCGCAUAACAGCAGUUGCAGCUGCUAAUGAGAGCGUCGAUAAGCUUCAUGAACAGCUGAUGACCGAAGCUCGAGCAUUCUGCGAAGAGCAAGGCCUCCCUCCUCCACUUGGAUUCCGAAAACACUCGGAUGUGACAUUUAAGAUGGCUAUUCGGGCGAUGCGUAAUCGAGGUUUUAUUACUAGCCUCGAAAAGCUAUCAUCUAGGGAAACAGGAGAAAGUCUACCACUCGAGGAGACUGAUAGGGUGCUGGCCGAAUAUAAAAAGGCCAUUAAAGGUAGUAAAUACCCGGGUAUUCAAGAUGUCCGGAUGAAAGAUAUUUUCAGCUCUGAGGCGUACUAUCUCCUACAACUCGCCGGGGCCUUUGCUCCAUCCCCUGAACUGCAAGCAGCAUUCUCCCCGGAAGAGUUGGCCGAGAAAAGGCGAACUAUCGGUAGUUUUUUGUUGAGUGUGGAUUGGGAACUUCUUGAGCGUCUCCCUAAGGCCGAUGAGAGACAUCGGCCUGCUCGAGAAAUCAUCAAACUUGGUAUGGAGUGCCUGGAAAGCCGUGCAGCAAUCGUGACCGUCUCAGCCAGCAAUGGCAUGGUGCAAGAGUUCGCUGCGCAACGGAAGUCACACGUUGUAUUCAUCGAAGAGGCAACUCGACUGACAGACGCACAACUGACUGGGUACUGGUCACUGUAUUAUGAUGCCUACGCAAGGUUCGUGAUUGGUGAUUGGCGGCAGCUUCCUCCAUCUAUAUUUGGGCCAAAGGAACAGAACCCAUUUCAAGAUCAGGCUUCUUGUCCUCUUCUGAAGAGACUCAAGGACACAGACUUUCCGGUUCAGGAGCUAGACACAACACGUCGUUUUGGUAAUCCAGAAACGUUGAAAUUGUGCCGGCAAGCGAAUGAGCUAUCCGAUCUUCUUGCAUCUCCUGAUGCAUCACGCCCAAGAGAAGCUCUCGGAGUAAGGAAAGCAAACAAAGCACUGUACGACCUAGACUUUCCCGUAGUUUGUGUCGAUAUCUAUCCCUCUGAGCCUGAAAAGGAUGAGAUGACGGGCUCCUGGUACUGCGAAGCAUCCGCUAACGCAGUUAUUCAUGACAUUCUCCACCGUCUGAAGGAAACACCAGGAGAUUGCAUUGGCUACGAGACACCUUACCGGGCGCAGCUUACACUCAUGAAAAGGAAAAUCGAGGACUUGGUAUCCCACAAACGUCGGUCGGGGGAGCAUUCCCUUGCGAACGAACUUUCAAAAGUCCUCUUGAGUACGGUUGACAGCUUUAUGGGUGCCGAACGGCCCAUUGUGCUGCUAGAUGUUGUUAUCGUUGGUCACAUAAUGGAUCUCCCUCGCACCAUCGUUGCUGCAACUAGGGCUAAGGAUGGGUUCGUUAUCUUCUGCAACGUCCACAGCCUUCGCCGACAUGAGAGCCGGGGGAAUCACCCACUGAAAGUCAUCGUAGAGGGAUUGGAGCUUUCUCGCCGGUUUAGAUGCAAUCAAGCUGUGCAAAAUACUCUUGAAGAGAAGUAUGGACUUCUAGGAUGA